UCUCGCCCUCCCUAUCCUCUCCUCACCUCACCUCGCAAUCACUACCUCUUCUCUUCUCCAUCGCAUCUACUGCUACCUCCGAGAGCAAGGAAAGGGGGGCAGGAAUGGCUUCCUCCACCCAGGGCCAGGUCAUCACCUGCAAAGCGGCGGUGGCAUGGGAGCCCAACAAGCCGAUGACGAUCGAGGACGUGCAGGUGGCGCCGCCGCAGGCCGGCGAGGUCCGUGUCAAGAUCCUCUUCACCGCCCUCUGCCAUACCGACCACUACACAUGGAGCGGCAAGGAUCCUGAGGGUCUUUUUCCUUGCAUUCUUGGUCAUGAAGCUGCUGGAAUUGUUGAAAGUGUUGGGGAAGGAGUAACUGAGGUGCAGCCUGGGGAUCAUGUCAUUCCUUGCUACCAAGCAGAAUGCAAAGAAUGCAAGUUCUGCAAGAGUGGAAAGACCAACCUCUGUGGUAAAAUUCGUGCUGCCACAGGGGUCGGUAUCAUGAUGAAUGAUCGCAAGAGCCGUUUCUCAAUAAAUGGAAAGCCCAUUUACCAUUUCAUGGGGACAUCUACAUUCAGUCAGUAUACUGUUGUGCAUGAUGUAAGUGUAGCAAAGAUAAACCCACAGGCACCGCUGGACAAAGUUUGCCUGCUUGGAUGUGGUGUUUCUACUGGCCUCGGAGCUGUAUGGAAUACUGCAAAGGUUGAAGCAGGUGCCAUUGUUGCUGUUUUUGGCCUUGGCACAGUUGGACUUGCAGUUGCUGAGGGGGCGAAAUCAGCUGGUGCUUCUCGGAUUAUUGGCAUUGACAUUGAUAGCAAAAAGUUUGAUGUUGCGAAGAACUUUGGGGUUACAGAAUUUGUGAACCCAAAAGACCAUGACAAGCCAAUCCAACAGGUCCUAAUUGACCUUACAGAUGGUGGCGUGGACUACAGCUUUGAAUGCAUUGGAAACGUUUCUGUUAUGAGGGCUGCAUUGGAAUGCUGCCACAAGGGCUGGGGAACCUCUGUCGUCGUCGGUGUAGCUGCGUCUGGCCAAGAGAUCUCGACACGGCCAUUCCAGCUCGUCACUGGCCGUGUCUGGAAGGGAACAGCUUUCGGCGGUUUUAAGAGCCGAACCCAAGUUCCAUGGCUUGUUGAGAAGUACCUGAACAAGGAAAUCAAGGUGGACGAGUACAUCACUCACAGCAUGAACCUGUCCGACAUCAACAAGGCGUUUGACCUGCUCCACGAAGGUGGCUGCCUGCGCUGCGUGCUGUCAAUGGACAAAUGAACCGAUGAUGGUGCAUCUGCUCUUGGCUGUGCUUCUGAUCCAAGCAGUCCUUGUCACGCCAAAUUGUAAUCCAGAUCGACCAGCCUUUGAAAUAGAACUCUUGUACCCUUUUUCGCUUUGGAGCACUUUGAACUGACACCACUUCUUAAUAAUAAUAUGCGUUGUUGGAUAUUUGGGGAUAA